AUGGCACCCAACAACCCAGUCACUCAGCGGGGUGAAGGGGUACUCGCCCUGGACUGGGAAACUUGGUUCCUGAAGACAUUUGAUGACAUCUGCCAGCAGUUCUGGAGGAGAGUGGAGGUGCGGAGUCGGCAACCGACUAUACCUGCUCCCAAGACGCAACAGACAGGCAGAGCUCUGGCACGGCACCCUACUCCCAAGCGGAGGAUCAAGUGGCCCCGAACAUCAGCCUGUAGAAAGCGUAAGCGGAGGAUACACCGCCGCCCAAGACCACGGGACUUACACCCCAUGGCGGACCCCUCCAAGAACAGCAUAGGACCCCAGCAUGAUCCAGGUUGGAGAGGGUGAGAGAGCAUGGAACAAUCAAAGGCCCACUGGCAACACCCACUGCCUUACACUACCACACUUAGGGGCAGACAUGCUCCAUCCGCAGGUAACGGCUAAAGCAACCGGCUGACAGACAGCAGGAACUCCACAGACCUAAUGGUCUCACGGGACAAUACCCUGCCAGCACUACACUCUGGGUCGGACUCCAACUCCUAUGACUAUUGA